AUAAAUGGAGUUGUCAUGGCAACCGUACAGCAUGUGCUUACAAAAACAAGCGGUUGACCGUUCGCCGACAGUUCUCUCGACAUUCGACAUCCACGACGCCAUCUUCUUCUCCGUUUUGCGUUAAUCAGAGACCGAGAGAGCGGGGGGAUAAUCGUUUAAUUCAGAGAAGGAGAGGGGAAGACCCGAAGAGUGAGGACGAUGAGUGGAGCCAAAGCCCGCAGCGACGCGCCUGUUGCUGAAAAUGUCUCCGGCGGCGGGCACAGCACUGCGGCUCCUCCGCGGGACCGUAAGCCCGGCGGAGGGGUUCUGAAGAGGCUCAAGUCCCGGAGGAGCCAGGUAGACAGCAGGCCCGUUACGGAGGAAGACCUGCGGACACAGAGUGGGCACAUCACACCGGAGGAUGUGCUCGGACUACGGGUGGCUACGCGAGGUAUGAGUCUCUUGUUGAUGUGGUUCACUGAAGCUUCAUGCGUUGCUUUUGCUAGAAUAAGUAUGUUGGCAUGUUGUAACCGAGUACCAAGAACAUAAAUUACAUUGAAAGAGAAGAAAUUACACAGUUUUAAAGGCUACGACAAGAUAUUUGUUGUAGCCUUAUUAUUUGACAGAUGUAGGCCGACAUGUGACAUCAUGUAGUGAGACGUUAGUGCACUGUCUCGCACUAUCACCAGUGGAAAAUCGUUGUGUGGAAGGCGCAUGGGACUCUCAAGUCCUUUAUUAUUUUACUUAAACUUAAUUAAGACCUCAUAAUGUAAGUCCUCAAUAAAUGUCAGAUGCAAAUAGCAUCAGGUAGCACUUCCGUGACAUCACGGUUGAGCAGGAAGACCUUAUAUGGUGUCCAAUAAAAAUGGCGACAAAACUAUACACCGCUAUAAAUACUGCUACUUAAUUUUAUCUCAGCACAUAUCGCUGUUUUUACCUAUUCUAAACUAUUUUCAUUUUCACUUCUAUUCUUUGUUUAUUUGCCUAUGUUAACGUCAUUUUCGGUUUUUGUACAUUUUUGAAAAUAUUUUACUAAGUUUUGGCACCAAUAGUAUUUCAUUGUACUUGAACCGUGACUAUAAACAAUAUCUUAUUUUAUAUGUUUUGUCUUUUUUCCCACUACUAUCAAAGAAACUUUUUUUUUUUGAAACUGAAGUAUUAAACUUUAUCUGCUUCUAAUGAGAGUUAGGCUUGUCAAGAAAAUGUAAGUCUGUGGUAUAUUUUUUGGUUUUUAUUCAAGCUAUCACUUAAAUUUCAGGGUUUUUUGUUUUGUCACAGUAUCUUCCUAUAGUUCUCACUAGCCACGCAAUGAUAACAUAAUGAAAGCUAUAUCUUCUCUGUCUUUAUGGUCUGGGUAUUUACACACAUGUAUUUAUAUAAAGCUGUGUGUGUCUGUGUACAAGCAAAGUGUAUGAGUGCUAACAACGUCAAGCAGUGUUUUACAUGUUGUAUGUGGAUGUCCUGGCAGCCAAUUUUAGUACCUACUCAGUACAUAUUAACUGAAACUGCUGGAAAAUCAUUUCAAUCUUUUAACACUUGUCCCCUUUCUGUCAUUGCUGCAGGGUACCUUUGUAAACCUGCGGAUAAUAUUUAUAAUAUCGACUUUGUCCGCUUCAAAAUCAGAGACCUGGAGACUGGCACUGUCCUGUUUGAAAUUGCCAAGCCGCUUCAUGCAGGUAUUGUGUAGGAGCGAUGGAAGAGAAAAGUUCCCUCUAUCAACGCGGCAUGUUACUUGAAUGUAGGAGGUUUUCAGUGUGGAAAAAUUUGAAUGUUUCUGUUCGCAGAUGAUGAUGAGGAGAACAGAGAAGCAGAUGCCAGCGCAGGACGAUUUGUACGCUACCAAUUCACCCCUGCCUUCCUGCGCCUGAGGACCGUGGGAGCUACGUGAGUGACUCACACAUCACCUACGCACACCUCAGGAGCACACUCACCUGUUCCAUACACAAACAAUAGAACAAUUGCAACACUCUCUGUGUUUCUAUUUAUGACUACAAUGUCAUUAUAAUUACACUGAACUGCUGUAACACCUCAGCCUCUUUGCUGUCUGUGUUAUUUAAUCAGGGUGGAAUUCACAGUUGGGAACAGGCCUCUAAACAACUUUCGCAUGAUCGAGAGGCACUACUUCCGUGACCACCUACUGAAGAGCUUUGACUUUGACUUUGGCUUCUGUAUCCCAAACAGUCGAAACACCUGUGAGCACAUCUACGAGUUUCCUCAGCUGUCUGAGAGCCUGGGUGAGUCCUAAGCCUUAACAAGUCAUACUUAAAAACUACCUUCAAGACCACCGUGUAAAAAGAGCAAUAUAUUAAAGCAGACUUCAGGAACAUCUAUCCCAAGAGUUUUUUGUCUAGGAUGAAACUAAAAUGACUUUUACGCAGUCUCAGCACACUGUACAUGCCAUCAAAACAGAACAGCAGUUGAUGUUUUUAUAAUUGUUUUUUUAAUCCUUACCUGUCACGGAGGAACACUCAAGUGAAGUUUACAUUGAAGUAUAACUAGCAAGCAUUUUGGUUGUGAUUCUGCAACUUGCAUUAACAAGUCAGUCACAAUUCUUCUUGUUUGCAUGUUGUAUCCAUGCUGUUUGCAAGACACUGUCAUCUAAAUAACUGUCCUAACUCUUGUCAGAUGUCAAGGAUUUAUAUGAAGGUGCUAAAUCUAUAAAUCGCGCCUGAAGGUUUGUCUGUCUGACUUCUGUUGACACAAUAAAGUUUUAAGUACAGGGGCUAACUGCUUCAAAUGUCCACAUAAAGAUUGGAUAAUAAUAGGGGUACUUUUGAGUCCAUACGAGUUGUUGGUUGCUGCAACUAUCCCUCCACCCCAUUCCAACUGUGAUUAUGCUUUGACUUGGUAAGACACCUCUGAUCGCUGAAAAACCCUUUCUAUCAAAGGCUCAUUUGAAAAGUCUACACUAUCCAUUACAUGUCCUCAGUAACCUACAAAAAACUCCAAAGAGUCUCACACCACAGUGGGUCAACAAAAGACACUAACAAGUGGGAAACAAAAAAAAGCUUUCUAACUCUGGAUGGGCCUCACUUAUCUUUGAACAUUUUAAGUGCUGAAUCUCAUUUUUGCUUAGAGUGUACCAGUAAUUGCUGUUAAUUUAAUUAAGUAUUGUUUCACGGCAAGUAGGUUACAGCAGGGAGUGGAGGAAGGAUCAACAAAACAUAAUUGCUUUAGUGUAAAUAAUGUGUUAGUGAGAAUCAUAACAAGGCAGCUAUAGAUCAUUUGAAAACUUUCCUAUCAUGCUACUGAAAACUUGUUGUGUAAUGAUGGCUAUGAUUCUCAAGAUGGUUACAUGGUUAUCCUUGUGACAUGCAAAUCAAGUUUUAAAUGUUAUUGUCAUUCUAGAGGGACAGCGGGGUCGCUCAACUGACUAAACUAAACCAAAGUCUGAGAAACAGAACCAUCGGGCAUUUCUAGAUGCUUUGUUAUUAUAAAUAUAGAUAUAAAUUUCUCUGGUUUACACAAUCAUUCUCAUUGCUAAGGAGUAAAUGUAUAAUACUGUGGACAUCAAAGCUUUUGUUUGCAUCAUGGAAAUUCAUUAAAUUCAUUAUCUGUGUUACAGUUCGUCAGAUGGUGGAGUGUCCUUACGAGACCCGGUCAGACAGCUUCUAUUUUGUGGAGAACAGACUGGUCAUGCACAACAAGGCAGACUAUGCUUACAAUGGAGGACAGUGAUCUCUGCCUGCAAGCAUGCAAACACACACACACUUAAACACAUCCAUAAAUACAUACAUGUUCCCACAUUUAUAGAUACACAUGCACACACAUGGCUGAACAUACAUGCAGUUCUUCCUCUCAUACAUGUAAAUAAACAAGCGGCUACAGACAAAAUUUAAUUGUGGCUUUCAUCUCUUAAGGUCAACCAGCAUUCAUGGAGAUCAUUAUCAGAUGAUGUGCUGAUGGUAGAGGAGGUGUUCUCUGCCAUACUAACAGAAGAAAAAAAUACAAAAAGGGAAAAGGGGUAAAUCAUCAGCUUUUAAUUAUGAACAGAUGUGUUUUAUCCCAAAAAAAGGAUCCAGCACUCUAGUGGCCACGUGAAAUGUGUCUCAAACAGACCAAACGGUUAUUAGAGAGUCCCUCUUGGCAGUUUUAAAAGUGUCCUACCACCCCCUCAACACACAUCCACAUAGGCGCACACAAACACGCUCUAUCCCCAAGUGACACACAUAGUGUUUAUGCAGUGUGUGUCAGAAGCAGCUGUUCUCAGAGCUACCGCCUCCACAAUCCACUCCAGACAAUACCGGGGGAAGGAAGGGAGAAACCAUCCACCAAUACACUCCUGUCAAAUACACAUGGUCACUUCAGCAUCCCCCUUCCCAUCUCCCCCUCCUCUCUGGAACUCAUAUAAACACACAAACACCUAAUCUACAGUACUGUAUAAGGUUAUGAUCGAAGGUUUGUAAGAUGGAGCAGCAACUUCUUGUGGUGAAUAGUUAAGAAAAAAAUGUCCAUAAGUUUGAAAGCCCUGAGCCAACAUGCGUCAAUACAUAUUACAGACUCUUUUGUCAAGUUUCUUAUUGCUCUCUUCAAAUAUUGACUGACUUUCCUUGUGAUCUAGGGGUCAAAAAGCUUGUUUUCAAGGAAUAACGGAAUGAUUUUAUGUUGAUGUGGAAAAUAUGGCAAUAAGCUGGUGGUCACUGUGGUUGAUCAGACCACAACAUGCCAUGCUGCCAUUACUGACGCUAAUAAUUGUGUAAUAAAUUAAGCCUAUUUCGUUCAUUGUUUUGUAGUUUUUGCAACUCUGGGGAAACGACAUAUGAUCACCUGGUGUUGAGAGGAAAUCUCCAGAAAACGUCUCCAAUUUACUAACCAGUGGCAAAUGGAUGCAUGUCUGCUUGGGGCUUCCAUACUUUAGUUCAGAAAGGGGCAGGCAUUAUCUGACAUCAUAACCGUGGCAAAAAAAAAAAAAGUUUGUAAAACAUUGUUCUCAGUGUAAAAAAGUACAUAUUAAUAAGUGGACUUGGCCUUCUGGAAGUGUAACGUUCUUGUAAAGACACAUCAGAUACCCCCAGCUUCAUCUGAGAUUUUUAAGAUGUAUUUUUUUAAUCAUAACUCUCUCUCUUUCUCUCUCCCUCUCUCUCUCUCUCCCUCUCUCUCUCGAAUGUCUUGAAACAUAAAAAUCCAGCUGGAUAAUGUUUGGAAACUGAGUGGUCUUUCACCUAUAUCUAGUGUCCUUUCUAUUUGUACUUUGUAAACUUUGGUGUUCAGGGUUAAAGAUGGUGUUUGUAAAAGAAAAAAUCUAUAUACUUUGUAAAAAGUGAUCAAAAAAUAAAUGUACAUUUUCUGAUACAACA